ACCCAAGUUAAAUUACAGUUCAAAGUUGGUUAUAAGCGGCCACGCGACCUUCAUCAUAUAUCUUCUCUCUUUCCAUUCCUUCCGCAAUUUCAUUCAGGGGUCUUAGGCACAAUAAACACCUCGUAGUUUGCAUGUUCUUCAUGAAUUCGAGAAGUACUGCUGCAGCCACUCUUUCCUGUAAAGCGGGAAACGAGAGCAGCUCCUUUUUCUGGAUUCUAGUCUGCCUCUUCCCCAGAUUUUUUGGAGCACUUGUUGCAUUUGAGAACUUCCUUCUUUUCAAGGCUAUCGUGAGGUGUCCUUCAUCCAUUUUCAUUUCGGACCUUCAAGGGUAGUUCUCUUGUAGCCGUGCAGAAGUAGGGGUUGAUCUGCUAUACUCCCUCCCUCCUUGGGUAACUUCAGGUAAAAAUGGUUUCCGCUCAAAUUUCGCAACCAACUGGGAAGCCUAUCCACAACCACGUGCUGCUCCCAUUGCAACACCCCAAUGUCAUAUCACUGGAUGAUGUUGAUUCGGAUUUCUCCGACAUAUUUGGUCCAGCUCCAGCUCAAGUUUUGAGCUCUGAGAAUGUUGCAAUGUCAGAAACAAAUGGAUUCAUAUAUGAAGAACCACCUGUAAUUUAUAGCCGCUCCCAUUCCUUUGUCGGUCCAACAAACUAUGUCAGUCAGUCAUUGAAGCUUAGCAAACUUACACACUGUGAGAAUGAGCACUUGCUGGAGGUUGUGGAGGGAGAUAAUGGAGAGACCAAAGAUCAUCUUGAGGAAGCUACUCUUGAGACCGCUGUUACUGGUAAAUCUGGAGUUCAUGCUGAUGUUAGUAUCCCAAGGUCUGUGGGACUUGAUGAUUUUGAAGUCUUAAAAGUUGUUGGGCAAGGUGCAUUUGCAAAAGUAUAUCAGGUGAGGAAAAUUGGGACUUCUGAAAUUCUUGCAAUGAAGGUUAUGCGGAAGGAUAAGAUUCUAGAGAAAGAUCAUGCUGAGUACAUGAAAACAGAGAGGGAUAUAUUGACAAAAAUAGAUCAUCCAUUUGUUGUGCGGCUCAGAUACUCUUUCCAGACCAAACACAGACUAUACCUUGUGCUUGACUUUAUUAACGGGGGACACCUUUUCUUUCAACUCCAUAGGCAAGGGCUAUUCAGGGAGGAUUUGGCGCGCAUCUACACUGCUGAGAUUGUUUCAGCUGUUUCUCACCUCCAUUCUAGUGGCAUAAUGCACCGGGAUCUUAAACCAGAAAAUAUCCUUUUGGAUGCUGAUGGUCAUGUAUUACUGACUGAUUUUGGCCUUGCCAAGCAAUUCGAUGAGAACACGAGAUCCAACUCUUUGUGCGGAACAAUCGAAUAUAUGGCACCUGAAAUUGUUCUUGGUAAAGGUCAUGACAAGGCUGCAGACUGGUGGAGCGUGGGAGUUCUAUUGUACGAGAUGCUGACGGGAAAGCCUCCAUUUGUUGGUGGGAACCGACAGAAAGUUCAACAGAAGAUUAUCAAGGACAAGAUUAAGCUGCCAGCAUUUUUGUCUAGCGAUGCACAUUCAUUGUUGAAAGGGCUGCUACACAAGGAGGCAAGCAAGCGCCUUGGGAGUGGAUUAAGAGGUUAUGAUGAGAUAAAGAGUCACAAAUGGUUCAGGUCUAUCAAUUGGAAGAAGUUAGAUGCUCGAGAAAUUCAACCAAGUUUCUGUCCCCAAGUAUUGGGGAAGCUGUGUGUUGCCAAUUUUGAGGAGCAAUGGACCAGCAUGCCUUUACUAGAUUCUCCUGCUGCUAGUCCAAAAUCUGGUGAGAACCCAUUCAAGGGUUUCAGUUACGUGAGGCCUGCAGUUGAAGAAUAAAUCAUCUAAGCUAGUUGUCUCUCUUAGUCCUAUUAUGGUUUCCAAGGCGUUGGAUGUUUUCUUUAAUUCCCCUGCUAUUUAUUUCUUGACUAUGUUGUACAUCGGCCAAGGCUAUGAGGAAUGUGCUCAUAUGCUGUUCUAACAUUGCAAUGGAUAUUUAAGUAUAUUUGCUUGUACAAGAACCCUACCAGGAUUUAAAACUCUAUGUUUAUCAUCUACCUUUCUGCAACACCAGUAAGUAUUGCGUAAGAAGUGUGUAUAUUUUAAUUUACUUGGCUGGUAUGUAUAUAAAUGAAUGACAUCAAUAAUGAAGUGUGUUUUGCAA